AUGGCUGCGUCAGUCGAACAGCCUGCCUUUCGCUACGCAGAUGGUUUCAAAACUUCUGGCCCGCGAAAGAAGCGCACAGGCAAACUUGUCUUGCAGCAUACCUCAUCCGAACUGUACGAUUCGUCCUUACAGGAAUUGCGGACAGGCAAUUGGCUCCAGGAGUGUCACCGACUGACAAGAGAUGCCGUGAAAGAGGCGUCAAUCGAUUCCCCAUCCGUCCUCUGCCUAGGCCUUGGAUGUCCGGCUUCAUCUCGAAAUGCUAGAUCCCAGUUGGCCUUCCUCAUCGAGACACGCGAUAACCUUUUCUUGGAUCGCGAUAAAGUUGCCGCAUACGACCCUGCGUUCACCGCCGAGGACGUAGCAUUACUUGCCCAGUUGAGCUCCAAGGAUCUAUCCAUUGAGACGCCCACCCUGCUAUUCAUGCCGCAUUGCGACAUGGGACUUUAUGAGGCGCUCUUGCGGGAUAACUGGUCCAGCGAGCGCCUGUGCAGCCUGUUCUUGAUUGGCAACUUGUUCAGCGACUACUUGGUAAACAAACCAUCAAAUAAAAUGGCCACGCAGUUCCCAUGCCUCACAAGGUUGACUCCUUAUCUCCUCGCCCGACCACUUCCGAGCGGUGGGCCUAAUCCGACGGCGUUCGUGAGCCUGGCCAUUCAAUUUGUGGCCCCACAGGCGCUUCCGCCUAGGACGGAUACAACUUUCUGGGAACUUCCGUCACAGUCUGACGUGGCCGGCGAAUCAAACAAGGGUUGCUUUAUUUAA